GCAUCUCUGAGCACCAUGCAGAAUACGAUGGGACCGGCCUGCAUCUUCCUGCGCAAGGGCAUUGCUGAGAAACAGGGGGAACGGGAACUGGGAGCUGAUGAAAUUGAAGAGCUCCGUGAGGCCUUUGAGGAAUUUGACAAGGACAAAGAUGGAUACAUCAGCUGCAAAGAUCUGGGGAACCUCAUGAGGACGAUGGGAUAUAUGCCAACAGAGAUGGAACUCAUAGAGUUGUCUCAGCAGAUCAACAUGAAUCUUGGGGGACGUGUGGAUUUCGAGGACUUUGUGGAGAUGAUGACGCCGAAGUUACUUGCAGAGACAGCAGGCAUGAUUGGACUUCAGGAAAUGAGGGAUGCCUUCAAGGAGUUUGACACCAAUGGGGAUGGUGAAAUCACUCUGGACGAACUGUAUCAGGCCAUGCAACGGUUGAUGGGUGAGCGCUUGACCCCCAGGGAGAUUGCCGAUGUAGUGAAGGAAGCCGACGUCAACGGAGACGGGACAGUGGAUUUUGAGGAGUUUGUGAGGAUGAUGUCGCGCUGAUGGUGCCCCCAGCCCUCUCUGGUUCCAAGGACCGGAUAUGAGACCCUCAACGCUUACAAACAUGUAUGGAAGCCAACUUCAAAUCCCAGGCUGAGCUGGGAGAGGAGGUCACACCUCAGUUUGCAAAGAGAUUGAGGAGAGCGAUGGGGUAGAUGGCCAAGGCUACUUUUACGAUGGCCUCCCUAAUCAGAGAGGGGAGUACCUAGCUUUGCAAAGCCCACCCCACUGCCUGGCAUUCCUUUUCUCACUCAUUAAAGCCCUGUUCAGACAUUA